UAAGACUGAGAGCUACGGCCUCGGCAGGGACAGGCGGAGCUCGAACUUGGGGACUAGACUGUUGUGGUUCUUCUUGGGGGCUGCGAAGUGCAGUUUACUAUUUUUUUUCCGGCGAGAAAGUUUUGGGGAGGAUUCUUCUAGAUAAUUCUACAUUUUCUUUUGGAGGAACGACUUACUCUUUUUGUCUUCUUUAUUACUCCCCUCCCCCUGUGGGACCCGCUGGACGCGUGGAGGAGACCGCACCCGAAGCCGAUUCUGUACAGCAAGACAGCGCUUUCCGCCUCUGGGGAGUGAUUCCCCCCACGCCCCUGGGUCCUACGGAGCCUGGACUUUCAGGAGGCACAGCGGCAUCUUGUGGGGGCCUGGGCACCGCAGAGGAAUUGCACAGAAACUUUGCCAUUGUUGGAGCGGGACGCUGCCCCCAUCCCGAGUUUCCUCGGACAGCGCGCUUUGGGGACGCGCUCGGCUCACCCCGGACUUGCACCUUUCUUUUCCACCCGGCCCCAGCCUUGGCUUCCCGGCGACCUCAGCGUGGUCACAGGGCUCCCCCUGUGCCCAGGGAAAUGUUUCAAGCUUUCCCCGGAGACUACGACUCCGGCUCCCGGUGCAGCUCCUCACCCUCCGCCGAGUCUCAGUAUCUGUCUUCGGUGGACUCCUUCGGCAGUCCGCCCACCGCCGCCGCCUCCCAGGAGUGCGCCGGUCUCGGGGAAAUGCCCGGUUCCUUCGUGCCCACGGUCACCGCGAUCACAACCAGCCAGGACCUCCAGUGGCUCGUGCAACCCACCCUCAUCUCUUCCAUGGCCCAGUCCCAGGGGCAACCACUGGCCUCCCAGCCCCCGGCCGUUGACCCCUACGACAUGCCAGGAACCAGUUACUCCACGCCGGGCCUGAGCGGCUACAGCAGUGGUGGAGCUGGUGGCAGUGGUGGGCCUUCUACCAGCGGAACGACCAGUGGACCUGGGCCUGCCCGCCCGGCCCGAGCCCGGCCUCGGAGACCCCGAGAGGAGACGCUUACUCCGGAGGAGGAGGAAAAGAGAAGGGUUCGCCGGGAACGCAACAAAUUGGCAGCAGCUAAGUGUAGGAACCGUCGGCGGGAGCUGACUGACCGACUCCAGGCGGAGACAGAUCAGUUGGAGGAAGAAAAGGCAGAGCUGGAGUCGGAGAUCGCUGAGCUCCAAAAGGAGAAGGAGCGUCUGGAGUUUGUGCUGGUGGCCCACAAACCGGGCUGCAAGAUCCCCUACGAAGAGGGGCCGGGCCCCGGCCCGCUGGCGGAGGUGAGAGAUUUGCCGGGGUCAGCACCCACUAAGGAAGAUGGUUUCAGCUGGCUGCUACCGCCCCCGCCACCACCGCCCCUGCCCUUCCAGACCAGCCAAGACGCAGCCCCCAACCUGACAGCUUCUCUCUUUACACACAGUGAAGUUCAAGUCCUCGGCGACCCCUUCCCCGUUGUUAACCCUUCGUACACUUCCUCGUUUGUCCUCACCUGCCCGGAGGUCUCCGCGUUCACCGGCGCCCAACGCCCCAGCGGCAGUGACCAGCCCACCGACCCCCUGAACUCGCCCUCCCUUCUUGCUCUGUGAACUCUUUAGACACAAAACAAACAAACACACAAGGGAGAGAGAUUUGGAAGAGGAGGAGGAAGAGAGAGAGAGAGGGGAAGAGACAAAGCGGGUGUGUGGCCUUCCUGCCUCUCCUGUCUGACUCUACGACCGUUGUCAUCGGACAGGAGGACCUCCUUGUGUUUUGUGCCGCCUCUUGUUUCUGUGGCCCUGUGGCCCGGCGAGGCCAGGAAGCUGGUGACUUUGGGGGGGGGUGGGGAGGGAGUGGACCCCCGCCCCCAGCUGCCUGUUGGCCCUUUCACCUCAACCCAACCUCUGGGGAUGG